UUUCAUCCGUUGGUUAGCCCGCAGGCCUUCGGAGUUGAGAGAGAAAGAGAGAGAGAAGGAUGAUAAGUGCAGAUGACUUCUACAAGGUUAUGUGCGCGAUGGUUCCACUCUACUUUGCCAUGUUGGUGGCGUAUGGUUCGGUGAAAUGGUGGAAGAUAUUUACGCCGGAGCAAUGCUCCGGCAUCAAUCGGUUCGUUGCUGUGUUUGCUGUUCCUGUGUUGUCAUUCCACUUCAUAUCUCAGAACAACCCAUACCAGAUGGACACCAAGUUCAUACUGGCUGAUACUGUUUCUAAGAUCUUGGUGCUUGUUUUGCUCUCCCUCUGGGCCAUGAUCUUCCAUGGAGGACUAGAUUGGUUAAUUACUCUCUUCUCUGUUGCAACACUGCCAAACACACUAGUCAUGGGCAUUCCAUUGCUCAAGUCCAUGUAUGGAGACUUCACUCAGAGCCUCAUGGUGCAACUGGUCGUUUUACAAUGUAUAAUCUGGUAUACGCUUCUACUGUUCUUGUUUGAAUAUAGAGCUGCAACCCUACUAAUCCAGGACCAGUUCCCGGGCUCCGCAGCUGCUUCCAUAGAAAAAUUCGAGAUCGACGGUGAUGUAAUUUCCCUCGACGGCCGGGACCCACUACGUACCGAGUCGGAAGUUGACGGCAACGGCCGCAUUCGAGUUCGUAUCCGACGGUCUACGUCGUCCGCCCCGGAUUCAGCAUUAUCAUCCUCCAUUGGAAUUACCCCACGUGCAUCAAACCUAUCAGGAGCCGAAAUCUAUUCAGUAAACACUCCAGCCCCACCUCGCGAGUUCAACCACGGGAACACAGAUAUAGGUUUCUGCAAUGCCGAUUUGGCAUUCGGCUACCGGUCGGCAGCCAGCCCCCGGCUAUCCGGGUAUGCAUCAUCCGACGCCUACUCCCUCCAGCCAACGCCACGCGCAUCAAAUUUUAAUGAAUUGGAUACAACGACGGUGACAACAUCAAAUACACCGACGUGGAUCAGAUCUCCGGCAGGUGGGAGGGUUUUCCGGCAGACGUCACCAGCAUUCUCCGGCGUGAAGAUGGUGUGGGAGUCACCGGGGAAGGGUCAAGCUGGGGGGGACAAACAAGGGUGCAAAGAUGUUGGACUCGGAGAGAAAGAUCUUAGCUUCAGAAAUGACACAAAAAUUACAGAAAAUGAGGAAACAGAAUCGAAGCCCGCAGCGGCCGGGAAUCAGGAAAUGCCGCGCACCCUUGUGAUGUUGAGACUCAUACUUAUCAUGGUUGGUCGAAAACUAUCUCGCAAUCCUAACGCUUACUCCAGCGUAUUAGGCCUCCUCUGGUCUCUAAUUUCAUUCAAGUGGGGUGUUGGCAUGCCUAGUUUGGUGAAACAUUCAAUAAAGAUAAUUUCGGAUGCAGGACUUGGGAUGGCCAUGUUCAGUCUAGGGCUGUUCAUGGCUCUUCAGCCCAGGAUCAUAGCCUGUGGAAUGAAAAUGGCAACACUAGGUAUGGUGAUUCGUUUUAUCACCGGACCUACAGUAAUGUCAGCAGCAUCUCUCGCGGUUGGAUUAAGAGGAGUUCGGUUACAUACCGCCAUUGUACAGGCUGCUCUUCCACAAGGAAUUGUACCAUUCGUCUUUGCUAGGGAAUAUGGACUGCACCCUGACAUACUUAGCACAGGGGUCAUCUUUGGCAUGUUAGUUUCCUUGCCUGUCACCCUCCUCUACUACAUAUUGCUAGGCCUAUGAAAGGGGAAGGUUGCCACUGAAUAAAGCAUGUGGAGCAUCUGUCUUUCCCUGCGACUGCUGCCAACCGCCGAUCGACGAUGAUGUUAAACUACAUGUAUGUGGGGUUUACCAGAUUUGCCACAUGUUCAUGUAAACCAGCUCCGCUUUCGGAGCCUCUUGACUAGAAAAAAAAAAUGUGUUGGAAGCAUGAGCUAAGUCAUGGAGGGAAUGUAUUAGUUUCUUAGAGAAAGUUGGGUUUUCUUUCUUCUCUUUGUCUCUUGCUCAAAAUGCAGAAAAAACCAGGGUUAAUAAGAACUUGAUGAGGAAUCAAUGUGGUAGAGUUUCUAGCUUUGGGAUGAGCAUGUACGUUAGUGGUAGCCGAAAGGAAAUGGAGUAUGAUCAUGACUUAUGAUUAGGAUAGGAGAAUAUUGUUUUCUUUGUGGGGAGUGGUGGAUGGUGGAAGUAAAAUAUAUAUUGUUAAAUUAAAGUAGUUGUUCAUGUUAGUUUGACUCAGGGAAGGGAAAAUUAUUUCACUGCC